CUCCCCAGUUAAAAAUUCUGCUAAGGAAGCAGCCAGACUUUCAAAGAGACAAUGUCUACUUCAGCUGUGUAUAUCCUAGACCUGAAGGGCAAGGUGUUGAUAUGCCGCAAUUACCGCGGUGAUAUUGACAUGGCUGCCAUUGACAAGUUCAUGCCCUUACUGAUGGAGAGAGAGGAAGAGACUGGUGUGACUCCCAUUGUACAGCAUGGAAACACCGCCUACAUCUACAUCAAAUAUAACAACCUCUACUUGGUGUCCACAACCAAGAAGAAUGCGAAUAUUGCAAUGGUGUUCAGUUUUCUGCACAAGUUGGUUCAGAUUUUUGUGGAAUAUUUCAAAGAGCUAGAAGAGGAGAGUAUACGUGAUAACUUUGUCAUAAUUUAUGAGUUGAUGGAUGAAGUUAUGGACUUUGGUUAUCCCCAGACAACAGACAGCAAAAUUCUACAAGAGUACAUCACCCAGGAAGGUCAUAAACUCGAGGUAGCACCUCGGCCGCCCAUGGCUGUCACUAAUGCUGUGUCAUGGAGGUCACAAGGAGUGAAAUAUCGUAAAAAUGAAGUUUUUCUAGAUGUGAUUGAGUCUGUGAAUCUGUUGGUCAGUGCUAAUGGUAACGUCCUACGUAGUGAAAUCGUGGGAUGUAUCAAGAUGAGGGUAUACCUUUCGGGCAUGCCUGAACUGAGACUUGGGCUUAACGAUAAAGUUCUCUUUGAGAGUACUGGACUUUCAGUGGGCAAGAGUAAGUCUGUAGAGCUAGAAGAUGUGAAAUUCCACCAGUGUGUGCGUUUGUCUCGUUUUGAAAACGAUCGAACCAUUUCCUUCAUUCCGCCAGACGGAGAGUUUGAGCUUAUGGCAUAUCGACUGAACACACAUGUAAGCUGUCAGCCGUUGAUCUGGGUGGAGUCUGUGAUAGAGAGACAUGCUCACAGCAGAGUGGAGUACAUGAUCAAGGCCAAGAGUCAGUUCAAGCGCCGUUCGACUGCGAACAACGUAGAGAUUAUCAUUCCUGUCCCCCCUGACGCUGAUUCACCGAAAUUCAAGACAACAGUGGGAAGCUGUAAAUAUGCCCCAGAUCAGCUCGUUAUAUGGACAAUCAAGUCAUUCCCUGGAGGUAAGGAGUACCUGAUGAGAGCCCAUUUUGGCCUGCCCAGUGUGGUAGCUGAGGACACUGAAGGCAAACCCCCUAUCCAUGUCAAGUUUGAGAUUCCAUACUUCACAGUGUCUGGAAUACAGGUGAGGUAUCUGAAGAUCAUUGAGAAGAGUGGUUACCAGGCUCUACCCUGGGUCCGUUACAUCACACAGAAUGGGGACUACCAGCUGAGGACACAGUAAUGUCCCUUGGCUGAACUCUCUAACACCAAUUAUCUCCAUCUUGCAGUUGGACUCAGUGGCAUUAUAGUUGUACUGAUUCAUGAUCAGUGUUCCAAUCAUAUUGAAACAAAAGUUCGGUAAAGCCUGAUUAUUGUCAGAGUAUGGUGAGUGUAUUUUAUUUAAAGCUGUAAGGUAGGAUAAUUCAGAAAGAAAAAUAAAUUGUGGUUUUAAAAGCAAGACAUUUCCAGCAAGGUUGGAAAAAUAGCUCUGGACAAUAAAAAUUAAAAGCUGUACAAUGAAGCUCAAGCCUGUCAAAAUCGUAAGCUGUCGCUUUAUUUUUGAACAUAGUUCAGGAUUAGAUAGUUCAGUGUGCAAGUAUCUUUCUAAAGACAUCUAUCUGCUACUAACAAAAAGUUGUGUCCGCGUGAUUAAAAGUUGAAAUUUGAACACAUUUGUCUUAGUAUAACAUACAUGAGAUGGUCGAAAAAAUUUUGAAUUCAAUUUUUAACAAAGCUUAGUCAACCAGUGCCAUUUCAAUCAUUUUGAAUAUUUAGCCAUUCCAUUGUCUCUGGUGAACUGUAAUUCAUACGAGAUUUUGAGAUGAAACAGGCCGUGAGAAGAAAGAAGGAAGACCGGGGUAGGGCACCGUAAUCAUGCCAGGGAAGGAACUAAUGCUUUUGAACAGCAGAUUUUAAUUAAGGUUUAGUGGUGUAAAGUUUGAGUUUUGUGUAGGUAUGAAGUAUUAUGUUUUUUAUUCCAGUAUUUGAUUGAUUGGCAAAGAUUUGGCAAUUCUACACCAUCCCAAUAUCAGUAAGAAGCAUGAUCAUGCACCUACGCAUGCUAGGUGUACCUAACUACCUUAUCACUUCACUUUACUUGUUGACAAGUGGAUGAAUGGCAGUCUUUUUUGUGUGAGGUGUUGCUGAUUUCACCUUAAAUGAUAAGUUUAACGUCUAGAAGAGAGUAUGCUGUACGUCUUUUUUUUUUUUUACCCUGUUCACAUCAUAAUGAUGCAAUUUCUACUGGCGCAAUGUUCCUAUUUAGGCUUUUUUAAGAAAAAGUCCACUUUUUGGCAUAAAGAAAUGAAGGAUUUACUCUAAAAUCUUGCAAAUUAUAAAUGUGAUACACUGAAUAGUAAUCUCAUGGCAUCCUGCAAAAUCUGAUGUCUUCAAAUCUGCCUCCUCAAGUUACCUUUGUCACAAUAAAAAAAGAGGAAAUCUAGAUUCUUAUGCUGACGAUCACUGGUGUUAAUGAGAUACUAAAAGGAUGUGAUGUAGAGCCUGGCCUUCCACUAUCCCACGCCUGCAAAGUCUUAGUUAGUAUUUGUUUUUGCUUUUUUUAACCAAAUGUAGCCCUUCCCAUCCCCACCCUUACCCCAGAGGUA